CUUAUUAUUAAACCAUAAUUAAUGUCAUUUAAAAGCUUUGUUUCACACUCUGUCAUUAAUAAUGACGAGGAACAAAUUAUUGAUAAUCAAAAAGAAUCGAUUGAAUCAACACAAACGCCACAAGCUGAAUAUGAUCCACGAACAUUAUAUGAACGACUUCAGGAACAAAAGAAUAAAAAGGAAGAAGAAUUCAGAGAAGCAACACGGUUCAGCAAUCUUGUCAAACGUAUUGAUCCCGAAGAAGCUGCCUAUUAUAAAUCAUUAUCAGAUACUCAAAAACAACUGGACGAAGAUCUCAAGCUGAAAGAAAUGCAGGAAUUAGAAGAAUAUAGAAGAGCCGUAGAACAGGCGAGGACUGCAACUACUAAUGGAACUGAAUCAACAAUAGCAACAACAAAUACUAACACUACUAAUACUUCAACAGCAACAGUGAAAAGGAAAUCAAGUCAAGGGAAUGUAGUCAAAAAACCAAAGAAGGAUGCAAUUGCUGGCUUGGUUUUAGUCAAAAAGAAAAAACGUGAACAGGACGAAAUGGAAGAUAAUGACAACAAGAUUCAGCAAGAGCCUACCAACAAGAAAGUCAAAAUAGACAACGAGAAUGUGAACAAGGAUGAUAAGUCUUCAAAAACUACAGCACUAGGCUCAUUAUUGGCAGCAUAUAACGAUGACGAUAGUGAUAGCAAUAGUGAUUAGGAAUACAUACAUUUUAAUUAGUCCCCUCUCUAUCUUUAUUACAAUAAAGAACAACCCUUUUGUACUUUAUCUUUA